CAAAUCCAGCAGUUAUUUUCACAGGCACCCAUUGAUUUCAAGUCCAAAGCUGCCCUGACUAUCUGUUUCUUGCCUUUUUCAGAUAACCCAUUGUCCAUGGAUGUUUUAGCCACCGGAUUUUGUGUGCGACUAUUGAUCGGUGGUGACGUCAGAAAUGGGGUUAGCGUGAGAGAGAGUGACGUGAGAAGAACACGGCGGUUGAUCGGCGGAACGAUUUCUGAAAAUUUAGUUGAUGAAAACGGAGCUGAAAUGGAAGAAGAUGAAGAACAGUUGUGGGCUGGAAUUUUUGAGAAAAUAAAUAUCUUCUUCGGAUGCAGGGCCCGUGUGGGGCCCAACCCAAUUCUUACAAGCCAACUUCUUAAGUUA